AUGGCCGAGUCACCCUCCGAGUCAACCUCCGACUCGCCUACCACCACAUCCUCUAAUCCCGAUCAAUCCGCAACUGUCGCUAUUUCAACCCCCAAAUCUCACCAUGCCUCCUUCCCCGAGAUCCCAAUCGAGAUCGUCAGUGAAGAAGAAAUGGCUAUUCUCGAUGCAGCGCUUGCAGCCACGCGCUCCUUCCUCCCUUCCGCGAUCCGUUCGGCUUCUUCUCCGUCACGGCUCCUCGCCGGAGAAACCUCCAGGACUCUCCGUUCAGUAACCAUGCUCUCCAAAAGGAAAUUAUCCGCUUGUUCAGAUAUCGAAGACUCUUAUUUGCAUCGGUUUAGAAGAAAUCAAGCUUUGGGUGUCACAGAUCUCACCGGCACAGAAUGGUGUGAGAAGCAAAUGGAGAAUGUUCUUUGUUUUGGUAGGAGAAAAGUCAGCAAAGCCAUGAAACUUGGUCAAGCUCGUCAUUUAGAGCUUGAAGAAGAGGUAGUUAAGAAGGUCAGAGUAAAAGUUGAAUCAAAUGAAGAUAAGUGGGCUUUGAAGCUAUUAAGUUCCAUUGCUGGUGUUAAUCAAUUCUUGUUUGAAGGACGAACCCGUGAAUUGUUAAUCCUAGGAUUUGUUGGAGGUCAAUGGAUUAUAGGAAUUAUUGAUGAGGUUAGAAAGGCGUCCCCCGAAGAAUCCUCUGAUAUCGGACCGUUAUUGACAGAUACUAAGACUCGAGGCCGUGACACACUCCCGGCUGAGCCACAAAGAAGGAAUGGAAGGCUUCAAGUAAUGCUUUACAAGCUUCUUUGGGACACUGUUGUUAAAGAAGAAUUCCCGACUGGAUGGUUUUUCGAAUACUUCUCUUUGGAUCGGCACUUUGUCCUAUCGCAAGAUGUGAGAAAUAACAUUGCAAAUGCAGGUAUCCCAGCACAGACACUUGAAGAGAUAGUGAGGUACUAUGAAAACACUUUUAAGAUGCUUCCAAUAGCAAAUGAUCAAUUACUGCUACGGUACGAGUUUCAGAAGGAUCAAUCUAUAAUAGCUGAGAUUAGAUUCCCUCAUGAUCAUGAAUGGGUGAUGAGCAAAUACAGAGAAGCCAUUGGGUUUUGGAGAAGUGAACGAGAAGCUGAGUACACUCCAGAAGAAGAACGAUGGAAAUGCCGGUAUUGCCAAUUCGCUAAGUCUUGCCCUGGAAACCCGAGUUUCGAAUCUCCUACCUCGAGCUCGCCACCUAGAGAGAGUCCUCCUUUAGCAAGCUAA